AUGUCCACCCGACGAUCAUCUCGUUCUAGAAACUCCUCCCCCGCUCAUAUCUCUGACCAUCAGAUCACCGACCUUGUUUCCAAGCUGCAGCGUCUCAUCCCUCAAAUUCGCAACAUCCCUUCCGACAAGGUAUCGGCUUUCGAAGUGUUGCAAGAAACGUGCAAUUACAUAAGGAGCUUACAUGGGGAAAUGAAUGAUUUAAGUGAGCGAUUGUCGCAGCUCAUGGCCGAAACACAAAACGAUAGCGCCGAGGCUGCUCUCAUUAGGAGUUUAUUAAUGUAA